UCUUACUUCCGCCUCAAGCUCAGCUGCUCCACAUCAUAUCCGUCAACAACCUACCGGGAGAGGCAAGCAUCUUCUACCACCGACUGGGUAACAUUGCCGCUCGCAAGUGACUGAAGAGUUCGAGCAGAGAUGGAAGGAAAGGCCGGAGACGCCUUCGACGUGGAAGCUGGGGAGGCAGCCACAGGAGGGUUUGGAAAGUAUGUUGGAAAGCUGUUGCCAAAGGGGUUCUCCGGCGGUGUGGCGAAGGAGUGGUUCGACCGCCGUCGCAAGGCCAUAAGGCCGUGGGUGGGGUUUGUCGACCAGCGGAAAUUCUCCAAGCCGCGGAACUUCGGGGAGCUCUGUCAGAGAGUGCUCCGUAACCUGGACUCCUACCAGAGCAACUACAUCUUCAUCUUCCUGGGCCUCAUCCUGUACUGCAUCAUCAGCUCUCCCAUGCUAUUGGUGGCCUUGGCUGUGUUUGUCGGUGCGUUCUACAUCAUUCACCUCCGCUCCCUGGAGUCCAAGAUGGUUGUGUUUGGGCGAGAGCUGACCAGGCCGCACCAGAUGGGCCUGGCCGGGGCCGUCUCCCUUCCCGUCUUCUGGUUGGCUGGAGCUGGGACUGCGGUCUUCUGGGUACUGGGGGCGACGCUGGCCGUGAUUGGCUCCCACGCCGCGUUCCACGAGAUGGAGGGCGCCGCCGACAUGGAAGAAAUUAUCAUGGAGCCCGUUUGACCUCUGACGUCCCGAUCAAGGACCUCUCCAGCUCCAGUGUACACUCGCCUUUGCCAUUAUGACGUAAAUGUUACUGACUUGACUGCAUGACACACUUUAGGGUACGACUUCAGGACAUGGAUGCACACAGACUCAUACGAAAUCAGGCGCGGAAACUGACUGACAGACCCGUUGAUUGACGCCCCCUGUGUCAUGCCUUGAUGGACAGAGAAGCUAACAAGUUUACAUGUGUACUUACUCAGCUUGCAAAUUCAUAUUAGCACACGUAUGUAUAUUUACCCAUAUUGCAUAUUCAUAUUUGCUUAGACUGUUUGUGUUCCUGUUGAAAGGGAACCUGAGAUACUUGCAAUCAAAUUAGUACAAAUGAAAUAUUUGUAGAUCAAUUAAUUGUGUGUACCAAAAACAAUGGGCAUUGAUCAUCUUCAUUUCUGAAAGGUGUUCCACUUCUUCCUUUUUAAUACUGGCGUAUAAUAAAGCUUUGUAUCGGUUGUCAGGCCACAUCCUGUAGUUAGUCUGACAUUUAUAUUCUGAUAAUUUAUGUGCACUAUACCUAAAAUGUGCGCCAGAAAUAUCAACGUUUGUCUUAAGAAAGCAUGUACAAAAUGGGUUUUUGUCUGAAGUCAAAGCUAGAAAAAAUUCUAUUACAAUGUAUGUGCAAACAGCGCCCUCUACUGAGUUAUAUUUGUAAAGGCAGUGGUGGAGAAGGUAAACAAAUUACCUUAUUUUCUCAUGAAAGGGUAGUGCUUUAUUAAUCCAUAUUUUUGGGGGGCCAUUUAGUUGAUCUUUUCUUAGUUGAUUUUUUUUUUUUCAAACCAAAAAUUUGGUAGAAAGAUUUUAUACCUGAAAACAUGUUUGUACUGUUUGUAUUAAAUUGAUCAGAAGUAUUCCAGGCAGCCUUCAGGCCAAAUGAUUUGACAUGUGACAUCUGCGUUAUCACCAAGCUGGUUUGAUGGGUCAGCUGUGCGAUGGCUCGACCUGUAGUGCAGUCUCUAGUCUGCCCCAGGUCCAGUCAGCAUUGAGCGAGCCCCUCGUAUCUCGGCUGGACUCUGCACUUCCAGUUCCAGCACGGAUCGUGUGCCCAGCGUAGUGCAUUCAGCGUGAUGUUCCGCCAUUUAAAACUGCCUUCCUCUCUCAGUCUACCUGUCUGGACAGCUUUCUUUCUAUUCUGUCUUUGUAUUUAUACUGACGGUUGGGAAGUGCAAUAAAUUAUUCUUCCUGUA